AUGACACGAAGCUACAAACAAACAGGAUCAUGCAAAUACUAUUUUUGUUGGUGCUGUGAUCGAGAUGCGUUACCUAAUCAAAUUGUACAUCAUAAUCGAGCACAUCGAAAAAAGCUAAGGGAUGCCAUUUCACAAACACCUAAAACUUUUGACGAACAAGUGAUGGAAAAUCUAACACUCCAACGAAUGAAACACGUCCGCAAGAGCAAAUAUUUUCAAUUUUACGGAGAGCCAAGAGAAGAUCAAGUCGACUGUGCAGACUAUUGCAAAGAUUAUUUGGAUUAUGUGGACGCUUUGAAACAAUCAAAGAAGAAUCUGAAAGCCAUUGCCCGGAAGGAUAAGUUUGAGGAGUGGUGUGAAGCAAGACCUUCUCAUGUUGUAAAAAAAAAAAGGAAACAAUUGAAAAGAGAGGACCGAGACAGCAUCUUUGAUGAUGACAGCACCGAUAGUGAGACUGAGAAGGAACUUGAAAAGUGGAGAAAUAAGAAUUAUUCCCAUGAGGCUGCUAAAUAUUAUGAAACAUGUAGCAUGAAAGUUUUAAAGGCAUAUAGGCGUUCGAAACAUAAAUAG